AGUCAUGCCGCAUUCCUGUUACAACUUCAUCGCGGUGCACAAAAAUCUCCUUUCCAAAACCGCAAGCCCAUGUGUUGUGAAUUAAACCUCUGUUUGUUCUCAUUUACAACAUUUCUCUGCCUUAUCCCUACAGCUUCCUCCGCGUGUCCCCUGUAUCACUUUUCUACGUUUUGUGUUGUAAAAGCGGCAUUUAAUCACGAUAAAAGCAUUCCACUACAGAGCAUCGGAGGAUUAGGUUGCCAUUGACGACAAGCUGUCAAUGGUCCACCUUACGUCACCUUUGCGGGAUUUUCCACCCGAAAAGGGGGUUAUGGCUUUUAUACACGCGGACGGCUCCCGCCCACCUAUGCCAGGCGACGGCCAAUGAAAGCGGAGAAGCGUCGGAUGGCGGGCGGUGAUUGGAGGAGGCCGCCCGUGAGCCCCACCCGCCCGUCGGAUUAAAGGGAAGGUGAUACGCGGCGCGCUUUGGCUCGCGGCGUGGGCGGAAUCCCCUCGGUCAAUUUAUCAGCGAGUCACACGCGGGCUGUACACUGAAUGUCACAUUCACUCGCGUCCCGCCCACCGCACUUGUUCACAGACAAGAGAACAGGGUACGGGUGACACGAAGCGCUUGCCAAUAGCCAUAAUUUCCAAAAGAUCCCCCUCUCUCCAAAAGCGCAUUUGGCAGAGUUUUUUUUUGGCGCUGCAGCGUCUCUCGUGGAUAAUAUGAUGUUGGGGUGGAGAUUAUCUCCUGACAUCCAUCUGUGAAUAGUUCCUCUGUAGUGUUUUAUCACGGGAACUCGCAUCAUGUGGGCAGCAUUAAGCCGCGUAAAAGCGCACGCACGCGGCCAAUGCAGGUCGCGCAGAUCGCAGUGUGAAUGAAGGGAUUUUACGCACUCCGGUCACAUCCCUCAGCCUGUCAGUGCAACAGGUUGCAUAGCGUUUCACAGCACAUUGCGAAGUAUAGACAAACGAUACAGUAUAAUGGGGACUGUAAUGUCACAUUAAGACGAAGCACGCACAUUUUUAUUCCAUGCCAUUUUUCCAGAGUAUUUCAAUGUAUUGUCGUUAUCAAAGAGGUAGCUAGAUGUUUCUAAAUGAGAACGUUCAUCAGGAGGAUGUGUGGUAGGAGAUGCGCGUCCCCCCGGAUAAACCUGUUCUGGAGGGAGUGACUCGAUUCGAGCGCCAUCCAAUUAUCUGAUAGCUGCAUUUAUCCGCCGCUACAGAGCUGUCUAGUCAUCCGCAAACAGGCGUGAACCGACGUUACAGGAAUGCUCGUCUGAAUAUUUCAUCUAACCAAGAGGGAAGAGAAAUUUCGGUUCGGGGAAGCGGCGUCUUUUUUUACUAUCGGGAAAAGACGCUCUGCGGUCUCCGUUUACGCGCCGCGUCUACUAUCAGUAAGAGCGGCUGAGCUCGCGUGAGAAACCGGUCUCAAAUCUGCAGGAAAACAAGAGCGGGAGAUCUACAGACACACGGAAACUGUGGCCAGACUCCAGAGGAAGUCAAUUGAUUUCGCCCUCCUUGAUGAGAUUUGCAGGCUUUGCCCGGCGCUUCUGUCAGAGCGCUCAACAGUUGGUGCGAGUGCGCGAUUAGAGGGACUUUGCAUGCGAAAGACUGAGAUUUGGCACAGCGGCUUCAGCGAUGGGUGUGUGAUUUCAGCACCUCAGCCCUAUGGACACCCGCUCGCGUGUGAAUUGUUUGGUAAUAUGGAAGACAGACUGUUGCACGUCGUGAUGCAUCGGAUGCAUUUGCGCGUUUAGUGUUUUAUAGCAGAUACAAUGACCAGUCUAUUCGCGGCUCUCGGCGCUUCUGCUUUUAUUCGCGUAUUGCAUUUGGCGUAAAAGAGCACGGACACAGAUUGCUUACAGUCCAGUCCAGUCCAGUCCAUCCAUCCAUCCUCUUUGGAUAUAAGGGCGCUUUUUUGUGUGCUUUUUUCCUCUUGACCUUGCCUGAAGCUCAAAAGCAGCAUGUUAAUGAUGGAGAGCGGUGGAUUAGACGCGCAUCAGGUUGAACUGGAAACCGACUACGAACCACACUGCCGCCCGAGGUCGUGCACCUGGCCACUGCCGUGUCCGGAGGAGGAGAACCGAGCGCUGCCCGUAGCGACCGUCAAAGUGGAGACGCGCAACGUGCCGGCGUGUCUGAGCGGAGGGGCGCCGACGGAGUUCAAGCAUCCAGCCGGCGCCCCUGCCCCUAUCGCGGCCGCCCCCGCUUGCAUGUCCGGCGCGGCGCUGGAUGUGGCUGGGCAGCUGCGCAAAUCCAAGUCGUCGAGACGGAACGCGUGGGGGAACCAGUCGUACGCGGAUCUGAUCACGCGUGCCAUUGAGAGCACCCCAGAAAAAAGGUUGACUUUAUCUCAGAUCUAUGACUGGAUGGUGCGUUUCGUACCCUAUUUCAAGGAUAAAGGAGACAGCAAUAGCUCAGCCGGCUGGAAGAACUCUAUCAGACACAACCUCUCCUUACACACCCGCUUCAUCCGUGUGCAAAAUGAGGGAACCGGAAAAAGUUCCUGGUGGAUGCUAAACCCAGAGGGCGGAAAGAUGGGCAAAGGUCCCCGCCGGAGAGCUGUUUCUAUGGACAAUGGCACCAAGUACCUGAAGAGCCGAGGCCGGGUCAGUCGAAAAAGAGCUGCAGGAAUGGGCAGAGAGCUUGGAGGGCCUGGAUUACAGGGCUCACCAGAACACGGAAGCCCAGCUGGUAAGGGAGCAAUUGGAGUUGGAGGCGAAGAGUUUGAUGCUUGGUCAGACCUCCACUCCAGAACUAGCUCUUCUGCGUCAACGCUAAGUGGAUGCCUCUCACCUAUUCUGGCUGAGGCAGAGCCAGACGAACCAGAAGAAGGAGGGCUGUCCUGCUCAGCCUCCCCACGACUCUACCCUAGCCCCACCAGCACUAGAUCCCCAGCCCUGGGAACAGGGGGACACUGUCCAUCCGUCGAGCUGCCGCACCUAGCCGAUCUAACAGGAGCCAUCAGCUUGGAAGAAGGUUACUCCCAGCCUCUGCCCCUCAAGCGCAAUGGCUACCACUACGGCACUGGGACCAAGGGAGAGAGCUCCUACUGUGGAACGGUCUAUGGCCAACCGUCUAUGGGCAUGCUUAGGCAUCAUACGCCUAUGCAGACCAUCCAGGAAAACAAGCCAACCAGCUUCCAGCGUGCUCUUAGAGCAUACUCCGAGAACAAUGCCCUUGAAAGUCUGCUCGCUGGUGGGCCACAAUACUGUGCUAAGGACAUGGUCGUGGGGCAAGGAGGAGCGUCCCAUUCGCUUCUGUCACAAUCUAACAGUGCCGUGCACUCUCAUGUCCACAAUCAGAGUCACAAUCACAGCCAGAACCACAAUCAUAACCGUGAGCAUGGCCUCAGUCACAAUCCCAGUCAAAGUCUUCACAACGGCCACGGAGUAUCGCAUGAGCAAAACCCAAGCCAUCAUCACAAUCCCAGUCAAGCUCACAGUAAGCAUCAUCCGGGUCUCGACUACAAUCACGGUCACAAACAUCACCGUGGCCACGACUACGUUCAAUCUCACGAGCACAAACUCAAUGUUAGUCCCAAUCACAUGCACAAUCACAUGCAACACAACAACUCCAGACAAGCAGACCUUUCCCCCAGGGUCAACCAAGACAUGUUACAACCCUACAAUCACAAAUCACAGAGCCUUUAUGGCCCACGCGCUCACCUCCCUUCCACUGCCCUGCCUCCAAACCCCGCCAGCGUCUUGGACGUUCCCCAGGACCCCUGCCGUCUGGCCUCAGCACCUCGCCAUCAGUCCUACCCAGGCUCCCUCCUGCACCAGGGUAUGACGGACCUCUGGCACGGGUACUACCACCACCCAACCCAGAAUGCUAAUUACCAUGGCAACCACCACGCAAGCCAUCACCAGGAUCCUCACGACCGGUUGCAGGCCGAGCUGGAGAUGGAAGUGCAUCAGAGCAGUCUGGAUUGUGACGUAGAAUCCAUCCUCCUGAAUGACUUCAUGGACUCGACAGAGGGAAUAGAUUUUAACUUUGAUGGCACGCUGUCGCAGGGGGUUGGCAUGGGUUUAGGGAUGGGAAUGGGAAUGGGGGCAUUUGCAGGAUCUCAACAAUCACAUAACAGCCAGAGCUGGGUUCCCGGGUGAAGGGGGGGGCUGAAAUGAACAAUUUGACCGAGAUUCCCUUUUGCUGAUGUCAGAUUCUGGAUUGUUAUCCCCUUAAAAUCCCCUCCCUUCUCCCUCUGACUGUGUUUUCCCGCUGUGGAAUAAUGUCAUAGCGCCCUAAGAGUCCUUUUUGUGGUUCACGUCCUUCAGUUUGUGGUCGAUUCAUCAACUCCAUCUCUUUCUGGGCAAACGCUCAGAAGCACUUUACAUCUGUCGCCAUCCAUUCCGAUGCUGUAACGACCACCCCGCGACCUGGGAGGAAUCGCAUUGUCCGCUGGCCCGGGUUUAAUGUAUGCAAACGACUUUGUUAUCCUUCCUGAACAAAAAAAAAGUAAAUAAAUAAUUAAGCGUUGGUGUUGUUUUGCUAAACAUGAGUACAGGAUUGAGCAGUCGCUAUAGCUGUCUGAGUGUCCGUGCCGUCAUUCGUGUAUUCGUCAGUGUGUGCGGGCGCGUGGUGAGCGUGCGAGUGUGGAGCUGCUUUUCUUUGCUAAAUGUAUGCGCCUCCUCUCAAGGAGGUCUAUUGGAUGUCCCUUUAUUGUGGGCCAGGACAGUCAUCCAUCAGACACACUCUAUUGAUAUUCAGCAUAUCCUUUUUAAUCUCCAAAGUAAUGCACCAGCUAUGCAUCACUGUUGCAAAUAGAAUGUGAUGCUGGGAGUACGCAGCACUGUUUUUCCCCCGGACACACAACGGCUUAAUGUGUUUUGGCGAAAGUGAUGAUUAAAGUCACUCUGCAGUAAGUGGGGAAGCUGGGGGAGGCAGAGAUGGAGAGAUAAGAGGGGGGGAAAGGAGAAAUGCAAAUAUUCUCACUGUGCCCCUUCCUCUCCAUUCUGCGAAUUUCGAAAGCUUUUGCCCGUAAUGAAAUAAGGAAUGAUCCGACACCACCGCACGUCCUGUGCAUAGCUCUUUCCUGGUUCACCUCGGCCUAACUUCCUGUGUCAGCAGCCAAUGCACUGGCUUCAUUUUGGCUACAUUAUCCUCCUGCCUAUGCUGGUGUUACUUUAGCUAAUCAAUGCCGAUUGAUCAAAUUUGAAGCCUUGUCAGCCCCCAUUAACUGUGCGUUAAUUUAAUACAGAGCUGGAAUUAGGAAAUUUAUCUUUAAUGAGUUUACGUUGCACCAGCUUGACAAAGUAACUAUUCGAUGCUAGUGCUACCUCAAGGUCACAAAGGCAAGGCGUCUCACAUCAGGCUUCAGGUCGCGAACACCAGGUCAGGACAUUUACCGAACGACUGUAUCCCACCAUCUUCCAGUGCGCUACACGCUAGUGAAUUACAUGCUGAUUAAUUCCAUCAGGGUGCUAUUCAGACUUUCCCCUAUCAUAUUGCCUUUAUCCAGUGAUUAUACAGACUCCGGUAAUUAAGUGCAAGCGUGUGUUUGUUCAUUCGGAAUGUAACGCAACACCAAGUAUCCCAGAGGAAAGACUGACUCUGUGAGGUUGAAGAAAACAUAUGGGACGCAUUUACACAUACAGUACGCUGUACUUCCCAAAUGUCUUAUGAUAUUAAAGCCACUAGAUAUACAGAAGGUCAACACAAUUACCGUUUAAAAAAAGUUAAAUGUGUCCAACCGUUAGCACAGAAGCAACAAGAGCAAACUUACCCUGACUCAAAAACGGGCAGCUUUUUUUAAGGACGGCGAGUUUCAAACACGGUCCAAGCACAAUACCACAUACAACAGUGUAAAAUCACCUUUCAUGAGCAAAUUUGAACAUUAUCAGUUUUUCUCUUUAUGGAAACAUAUCAAAUGUUCUUUAUGGAACAUUCUGGAGUUCAGAAGAUUCCAGAUGCUUCAUUGUUCGUUUAGAAUUGGAGGAAUUUGUUCCUUCAGCAUUUCAAGACGUAAACAACGGCAACAGCUUCUUAUUUAUAUAGCGUUCGGUGUUUUGGUUAUUUUGUCGGCUCUUUGUAUCUUUGUACCAUUGUAUCUUGCUUUUGUCUACCACGAUUUAUGUAAAGUGCAAUUUUUGGUAAAAGAUGCUGUCUUUCUCAAAGGCUGAGAUAAUGGAUCCAUGGAGACAACAUGACUUGGAGGCGAGCUUUAUGUUGUGCUUAAAAUUUGAUGAAGCGUACAUGAAUGACACAGAAAUGGGGAAGGUGGUUACAAUGAGUUGAAAAGGACUUGCUUGAAAGAAAAAGCCCUAACAUGUGGAGAUCGAGCGUGUGUGUGUGUGUGUGUGUGUGUGUGAGAGAGAGAGAGAGGGAGUCUUGUCAGAGUAGCUUUCCUCAGCAGAGCUGUUUGAAUCAGGCCAAAUGUCAAGUGGCCCUCCACAGCGUUUCUCACAUGGCCCGAUCAGAUAGCCAUCCCUCUUUCUCGCUGUUUCUCUUUCCUGCCAAGGACAAUGAACCCUGUCUCGAUGCGAUUCUCUUUUUCAUUCUCGUCUUUAUGUUCUUCUUCGAGGUGGCCAGGGAUCUGUUGUGAUCCAGCUGUGAUUUUGAUUGCUGGUCCACGUCUGCUUGUGUGCUCCACCUCAUGUAUGUGUGUGCGUGCGUGUGUGUGUCUGUAGCACAGUGACGUACCUGAUGUAUGAAAAUUCAUUGAAAUUGUGCCCUGGUAUUUACACUGCCUGGCCUAUCAAUAAUAUAAUAUACACAGUUUAUAUUUAUUGGGUAUAAAGGUGGGUUUGUGGGUGACGGUAUGGAGCUCUUGUAUUUCAUUCAUCUAUAUGACAAGAUCAUGAUUCUAUUACCGUUCAUUUCUGUUUCAUGCUGUACAAAAACUCUGUAUUGAGAAAAUUGUAUAAUAUUUUUGACAAGCAAAUAUUUGUUUUAUUUCCUUUUUUAAAUGAUGUAUCUGCUCAUCUUGUGGCCUGUAAAAUAAAACAAAAAAGAAC